AUGUUCACGGAGAGCUACCCCUUCAGACUGUUUGCGAUUGCUCACAAAUGUUCACCGAAAGGCUAACGAAAAAAAUGUUUGCAAAUGUUUGAAUGCACCUCAGGACAUGACUGCAGGCAGAAUUGAAACAGAGUCCCCAUUGGCACUGAGACUCCCCCUGAUUUUUCAGUCCACCUCUCCUGGUGUGUGUAUCACUGACACUGACCCACUGAAUUGAACUCUAUUGCUCUGUCACAGUUUGACAAUAAUAUCCUGAUCAUUACUGUUAAUCCUACGGUUUGCAUGUCUGCACUGUACUACUGUAUGUGUUGCAUAUGUCCUUUGUCCCUCUGAUUAUUGAAGGAAGCAUACAGCCACUUUUAAAUGUUGGGUUGUCAUGAAUGUCUGGUCUCUCAGGCUUCCACUCUCCCCCCUUGACUUGCUCUGUCUCUUUCUCUCUCUCUCUCUCUCCUAGUCCCUCUCUCCCCUCUUUUCUCACCCCCUCUCUCACUCUCUUUCCCCCCUUCUGUGUUUCUCUCUACCCUUCUCUUGCUCUCCCCUCCUCUUCCCACUUCUCUGUCAGUCUCUCUUUGUGUCUAUGUUUCUCCCUUCUCCCUCUUUCUUUCUCCCCAUUCUCUCCCCCUCUCUCUCUCCCCCUUCUCUAUCUCUAUACCCUUCUCUUUCUCUCUACCCAUUCUCGCUCUCUCUCCCAUCUCUAUCUCUACCUUUAUUUUUCUCUAUCCCCCCUUCCUUUCUCUCUCUCUCUUUCCCUCCCUGUUUUCUCUCUCUCUCUCUCCCUCUCCCCCCUUCUCUCGCUGUGUCCCUCUCCACUGAGGGGCAGAGGGGUUGCCUCUAAUCUCUGGGCAGCAUUUCUGGGGCUCUCAUCAGAUCCCACCCUGGCAGCAGUCAGUCUAGAGUGGCCUGGGGAGAUAUGGGAGUCACCCAUGGGAAAAAAACAGAUCAUGACCUUUCAUAUUCAUGCUCAACUCAUGGAAAGCCUCUGACAAGGCCUGCGGCGAGGCCUGGACCGGACUCUGGACGGGAGCCAUCGCUGAUCCAGAGGGACAGGGCACUUGAGCUGCCCGGCAGGGCCUCCCCUUCCCUCUCGACCCACUCGCACUCCUCGGAGCCGGGCCAGGAGGCGCUGAUCCAGCCCAAGAAGCUGAUCAAUCCCGUCAAGGUGUCCAGGAGCCACCAAGCCCUGCACAGGGAGCUGCUGCUGAGCCACAGGCGUCCAGUGGCGGAGGAGAAGCCAGAGCUGCAGCGGGUCCUGGAGCAUCGGCGGCGGCAGCUGCAGAUCAGGCAGCGCAGGGAGGAGGAUCAGAAGAGGAAGGCCUCGCCACUGGAGCAGGAGCUGCACAGGAGGCAGCACAAGCUGGACAUGUUGGAGAGAGAGCUGGACAAUCGGCGGGAUCUGGCCGUGAGCGAGCCCGAGUUCAUCAGAGUCAAAGACAGCCUGCGGAGGAGCACCAGCCUGGUAUAGGGACCCAACGAGGGAGCCCAAGAGAACUGAACACACCAACGCUGUGUAUUGGGUGGGCCAAGCGCUCUGUGAGCUGCCAUACUGUAGGAGAUAUAUUACGUUGUGCUGGGGAAAAGAUGGUCUGUGGCGAUGGCGUGACACUUGAGAAAAGAGUAGCGAAUCAAGAAGCUGUGUGGGAGAGAGCAGUAGUUUGGUCUUUCAGGACAGGUGUUUAUCAUCUUUGGCUUGAGCCAGUAGUACUGAAAUGCACAUGUGUGUUGUGUUAACAUAGCGUCGGCCCACUUUGUAUAACACACAAAACAUACAGUAUCUGUGUAUGUGCAGCCGAGCAGUUUAGUCUUGACAUUAAACUACACACAACAGUAAGUAGACAACAAACCCAAGGUUGGCAUGUGUGAUAUGUGGAAUAGCUGGAUCAGUCAUCUGAUUAACACGGAAUUGUUUUUCGAGGAAAUUAAAGGGUAUUGGUCAGAUGUUUGUUUAAGAGAGGUGAAUUCAUCUCUUAUUUUCUCUUUCAAUUUCAUGUAUUUGCUGUGAUGCAUUCUCUUCUUGGAUUAUUCAAGCAAAUACUGCAAUGUUUUGAAAUACAUUUUGUAUUAUAAGACAGAAUAGUUGGUGUGUAAAAUCAACAAUAGAGAGCCAUAUCUACAUCUUCAGUGUCUACAUACGGUACCUUAGAUGAUGUAUAGCACAAUCACAUAUUCAGUCAGUAAGUCAUCAUCAGUUCAUGUAACAACACACUGCAUGUUUUUUUCAGAAGACACUAGAGACUAAACCGGUACACAAAUUAUGAUAAAUCAUCUAUUUUAGAGGACACGCUGGUUAUUUCCAUGCAGUACUGUUCCUGUAGGCUACAAAAAUAAAGGAACCUUGAAUGACA